AUGGCGACUUAUCCUAAGGAAGAUGCCGAUGUCUUCGAGGUGGUGGCCGUGGGCGACGAGAAGCUUAUUGGCCAUGUGACGGAGGUCAAUACCAACUCUGUGGCCCUCACUGCUGCCAUUGCCGCGCAGAAACCAAAGUUAUGGAGUCCAAACAUGCUCAAGCUGUACAUGAUCAUGUCCGUCGGCUAUCUCGUCUCCACGAUGAACGGAUUUGACAGCUCUCUCAUGUCGGCCAUUAAUGCCAUGAAGCCCUACCAACACGACAUGGGUCUCGACGGCGCGGGCUCCUCCACCGGCAUCGUUUUCAUCGUGUACAACCUUGGGCAGAUCGCCGCAUUUCCUUUCUGUGGCCUGAUCGCCGACGGAUACGGUCGUCGAAUGUGCAUCUUCAUCGGCUGCCUCCUCGUACUCGUGGGCACCGCCAUCCAGGCCUCUGCGCACCACCUGGACCAGUUCGUUGGGGGGCGCUUCGUGCUGGGCUUCGGGGCCAGCAUUGCCUCAGCGGCGGGCCCGGCAUACACUGUCGAGCUGGCGCACCCAGCCUAUCGCGGGUUCAUGGCGGGCAUGUACAACAACUUCUGGUGGGUGGGGAAUAUUCUCGCAGGCUGGACGACGUACGGGACGAAUCUGCACCUCGAAAGCUCAUGGGCCUGGCGCGUGCCGACCAUCGUGCAAGCGGGUCUCCCCGGCGUGGUGAUGUGCCUGAUCCUCUUUUUCCCCGAGACGCCGCGGUGGCUGAUCGCCCACGACCGACCCGAAGAGGCCCUCGCGGUGCUGGCACAAUACCAUGGUGACGGCGAUCCCAAUUCAGCGCUGCCCCAGCUACAGUACCGCGAGAUUGUGGAAGAGAACCGCCUCACGCGUGAUGAAAACCCGUGGUGGGACUUUCGUGAGCUGGUGCACACGCGGGCGGCGCGAUACAGGCUCGCCAUGGUCAUCGGCAUGUCCUUCAUUGGACAGUGGUCCGGCAACAACGUGGUGAGCUACUUCAUGCCUGAGAUGUUUGCUGCGGCGGGUAUCACCGACACCAACACCCAACUGUUGCUCAACGCCAUCAACCCCAUUUUCUCUAUGCUGGGCGCUGUGUACGGUGCUAGCUUGCUAGACAAGCUGGGCCGCCGAAAGAUGAUGCUUGCGGGUCUGACGGGUAGUCUGUUCUUCUACAUCCUCCUGACUGCUUUCACGGCCAACACGGGCAUCAACUCGAACCUUGGGUACGGCGUCAUCGUGGCCAUCUACUGCUUCGGUAUCUGCUUCGCCUGGGGCUUCACGCCGCUGCAGACGCUGUACGCCGUGGAGUGCCUCGAGAACAGGACCAGGGCGAAGGGUUCCGGGUUGAAUUUCCUCUUCCUGAACAUCGCCAUGGUGGUCAACACGUACGGCAUCAGCGUCGGCAUCGAGGCCAUCGCGUGGAAGCUGUACAUCAUCUAUUGCGUGUGGAUCGCCCUCGAGAUGGUAGUCAUCUACUUCUUCUUCGUGGAAACUGCGGGCAAGACGCUGGAGGAGCUGGGAGGCAUCUUCGAGGCCGAGAACCCCCGCAAGGAGAGCACUAGGAAGGUGACGAUUGAGGUGGACGAGGCUGGCAGGGUGGUCGGUAUGGAGUGA